AUGUAUGACUGUGCGCAUGUGGCUUACGACCAGGUGUAUGCGCAUCAUCAGCGACUCACGGAGGAUCUUAAGCUUGUGAAUGAGGAUCUUGUUGCCAGCGCCUCUGCCUCGCUCCCCAAACCACCGACGCUUGUGGAGCCAUCGCAACUUGCACAUGCACUUCUUAAUGCAGGGAUCGGAGAUCAUGAAGGGGAAUCAAACGAUGGGAAGCUACGGAGAAAACGUGCUUCACAUAGUUCAUCUGGUGACACGGCACGAUCAGCACCUUCGACUCAUGCUGGAAGAACGACGGCUGCUGUCCGCGGCUCGUCGUCCAAUGCAGACGGCUCUGACGUUCGUGGAGGCAAGGCUGAUGCGGCGGAUCGCACUGUGGAUGUGGAAGAAGAACGAGACGAAAAUCUAUAUUGUUUCUGUCAGCGUGCGUCGUUCGGCGAGAUGAUCGGUUGUGAUUCCGAUGACUGCAAGUAUGAGUGGUUUCACAUUGGGUGCGUUGGCGUAUCGAAGCCGCUUCCCCAAAUGUGGGUGUGCAGCGAUUGCCUUGCGAAGAACAAAAAGCGUCGUCGCACAUGA